UCCGUCGAGGCCGCAGUCGCUUGCACAUAUCAUCACGCAUUAAGUUUUCAAUUAUGAGUCUCUCAAUAAUAUUGUGUACGAUAGUUAUUGGAAUAUCCCAUUUUACAAAUGGUCAAUUCCAAUGCCCCAAGAAGAACGGUCAGUUCGAGGACCCAGUGCAAUGUGACAAAUUUUACGAGUGCAAAGACGGCGUGGCCACGGAGAAACUAUGUCCGGACGGGUUGGUGUUCGACCCGUUGAACAGGAAAGUGAACAAAUGCGACCAGCCGUUCAGCGUGGACUGCGGCGAACGAACUGAACUCCAAACCCCACAGUCCAACUAUUUGUGUCCGAGGCGCAAUGGAUAUUUUGCUCACCCGGACGAAAAAGUGUGCAACAUAUUCUAUAACUGCAUCGAAGGUGACGGCACGGAGAUCGUGUGCCCCAACGGAUUGCAUUUCGAUGAGUACGCGGGCUCGUGCGCCUGGCCCGCCACUGCUGGCAGGACGGGUUGCAACGAAUCGGACGACAUGAAAUUGAAAGAUGGAUUCACGUGCCCCAAAGACAAAACCCACAACAGCCGGGGCCAGAAUGUGGCACACCCAGUGUUCGCGCACCCGGAUGACUGUCAGAAGUUCUACGUGUGCCUCAACGGCGUUACCCCCCGAGAACAGGGCUGUUCGACCGGCGAAGUAUUCAACGAGGAGUCGCAAAAAUGUGAUCAACCCGAAAACGUGGCUGGAUGCGAGAAUUGGUACAAAGACGAUCCACAAGUGCAACAGCAGCAACAGAACAAGAACAAAAAACAAUAGUUGUUUCACAUUGUUUUGUUGUACAUAAUAUAAUUCAUAUUAAAUGUAUACUUUAAGUUACU